UCAAAAUAUUUACUUUCUUAUAACACUCAAGUUUAAUUAAGCACGAAACCGUUUACGAAUUAAGAUUAAAAUUUGAAAUUUCUGAAGUAGUAAUGGAUAAUGCUAUUAUAGAAGUUUUAUCAUCCGACGAUGAAAACGUUUCAACAGAACCAAGUUAUAUUGUAGAACCCAAGGUUAAGAGGAGGAAACUAAAUAUCAGAACAUCAAAUGAUAUUGGUGACUUUCAUCUUUUUGAUGAUAAAAAUGUUCUAUCACCAAGUACAUUUAUGCAUUCUCCAUCUGAUGCAGAAGUUGCUGCUGAAGGCUUUCCACAAGAGGAAAUUUGUGAAAAUGUAUUGAACAAUGAAAUACCUGCCUUUUUCCAAAAAUUUGUUGAUGAAUGCAUCUCAAGAAUGAGCAAUGAGAGCUUGAUCAACAAGAUAAAAGCUAAAAGUAUAUUGCUCUUCAAAGCAUUUAAGAAUGUAAUGCCAUACAGUCAUAGUGAUGAAUUUAAAAAAAUAGUUGUUGAUUAUACAGUGAAUCUAGAGAAUGAACCAGCAUUUGCUACAACAUACUUUUCUGAUGUCUACAAUCAUCUGAAAAGUCACAGACAAUAUAAAUCAUUGGAGGACAGUGUUAAUACAGACUUAGAUCGUUUGUAUGAUACUCUGAAAUCAUUGGAUGUUAAGAUACAAAAGUUUGAAGAAGAGGAGGUGGAUUUAGAUAAUGAGGAUUCAUCUUACAUUAAAAUGCAGUGUUACAGAAAACAUGCAGCUAAGGUGUACGCAAUGAUAAAGAGUUUGGAGAAGAGCGAUCCGCUGUGUUGCCGUUUAUAUUACAGCCCAUUGGAUUACUCGCAUUCGAAACACAUCGAAAUCAAUCACGCCAUCAACAGAACGUUCAAAAACAGAAAGAAAAUUCCUUUUCCGACCUAUAAACAAGUUGACGAAUGCAUACGACAGUGCGUCGCUAAUUCCGAAAAGUUGAAUAUGAGCGAAUCUCAGAUUAGCGCGGAGGUGCGGUUUAACUUCGAGCACUUAGGUAAUCUUAUACAACGCAAACGAAAGCACGAUCUUGUUCAGAUCCACUACGAAUCUUUCAUCAAGAACUGUGCAGAUCCCGCAUUGAACGAUCCUGUUUUGGAUGCGUUGUUGAGGGAAAACAAGAGUAUGUCGACCAAGACAUUAGACGAAACCUUCCAAAAAUUCACAGAUGCCAAAUGGGAUGAAUCGCAAGAAUUGAGCGAUGAUUUGGAUGACAGUCAUGAUGAUUCGUCCGACAACGAAGAAGUAGAGGAGCAGGAGUAAUGACGAAAAAUGUUUUUUUUUUAAUUUAAAUGUGUUCGUUUUGAGAGAUUUUACUUAUCUAAAGAUUUGUCAAACAAAUCAUAAAACUUAUUUGUAAUGAUUAU